CAAGGCCGGCCGAGUCAACCCGUUUCUGUAGGCGAUGGCUCCUUCCCGUUCGAGACCAGUCUAAUGCCGUGCAAGUGUUGUAGAUAUGGGCUGUCGAAGUUGGGUCUAAGAAUUCAUCUGCUGCCACAUUCAGGUCGCGGAAGAGUUGGCUUUUUACUAAAGUCGCCCAGGGAGCCCUUGAAACGACCACAACGCCAAGAUCUUAACCCGGUCAGGCCAGCGGAGCAGCCAAGGCGGGAAAGAGAGAUAUGUUGCGGAUCCGAGUUCCUCUACAGUAAAGAGUAUUCCGAGUGGGUAGGCUUAUGA